AUGAGUGAGGCCCGCCCUCUUGACCUUAAUUAUGGUCAUUUCGGCGAGCCUAGCUAUGACUCCGAAAAUCAUGAAUGGCACUUUCCUCGGCAGCCAGGCAGAACCCGAGAACUGAAGCUGAUCGGACAACCAGUGAGAGCACUGCAGUCUCCCUUGCUUGGCCGUACCGCGCACAUCCAGAGCGCUACCGAGCGCGCUCAAAACAUCAAAGAUAUCACGCACCAAUACCCCGAGCUGCUACCUGCCUCAUCUCUACUCCCUGCAUUGGCGCAAGUAUCAGAGGUUAUCGAAGACGUCACAUCUAGCCAUGAUCCAACUGUGUCAGAGCUGCUGGCAUUCGGAGAAGCAGUCGACUUAGACAACAUAGGCCAUAGGUCUGAAAGAUUGCCCAUUGCUGCUGUCGCGGGAGGUGAUGCAGGGGAAGCGGUGAGGCUUGUACUGCUGAAUCACGAGAAGCUGGGUUGGGAAGAAAGUAAAAACCUACGAUUGAGUGCGUUCAGCGCCAAGGGCGGAGAAGAAGGAUGGUGGUCUGGCAAUGGUAGCCCUAUACAACAAUUGGUCUUUGGGGAAGCUGAGGGUCGACCGAGUUCUUGGCUUGCUGUUCGAUGCCAUGGUGCUGUGUCGGUGCUUCGACCUCAGUUACGGCGAACUGCUGAUAUGCUGCCGUUUGCCCACGCAGCCUCAAACCACAAUCCUUCAUCUCGUCUGAAUGUCAAUCAUAUUGUCACUUUACCGAUCCACCAGGUUAAUGACGCGCCAUAUUCUGAUAUUGCUUUCAAUCCGUGGUACAACCAACAAAUCGCAACCGUCGAUCAAAAGGGUGGUUGGGCUCUCUGGGAUAUUGAGAAAAAGGAGAAGCAAGCCAGAGGGAAAAAGGUUUGGACAGUCCAAAAGAUCCGGGACGGCGGGUUGCUCGGUGGCUUGCCUGAAGGGGAGACCCUUACGUCCAGCGUCGCAGACGGAUGGGGUACAGUGCUAUGGGCUGGUGACCUUUCUACAAUCGUCGUCGCCCGUCGAAGGAUGCUUGCGGUCUAUGGUAUUGCAGGCAAGCCGAGACGACUCGUUGCACCGAGCCUCGUAUCGACGACGACCUCGGAGUGGAUUCUCGAUGUGAAGCGGAGUUCAAAAGACUCGACUCAUGUCUUCGUGAUAACUACAUUCAGCAUCUUCUGGCUGCAAAUUGCUGGCUCUGCUGGGAACCGCAAAGGUGAAGAGGUGGCAGCGGGUGCGAAGUGCUUACUCUCCUGGCGUCAUUUCAGAGACCCCGAAGACAUCUCUCUGCGCUUGCGGGUUGCUGAAGACUCCGAGAGUGGGGACCGUGAUGACGAUAGAGAAACAACCCUCGUCCUACUCUACUCUCGCUUGACUGGUCUGGCAAACGCCUUUACAUUUCGGUAUGCAAGGUCUCUCUCGAAUUUAGCACCCUCCGCUUCAGAUCUCUACCUCCUCCCGCUACCUAAAGAUGCGCCGGAUAUCAUGGCCUCAAGGGCAAACCAUCAUGGCUCGCACAGAAGCUCUAGGAUCUCAGCAAUAAUUCUCAAGGCUAUCAAAUACGAGAGUCCCAAGGGCUCUAUCGUAUCUGGGCUGGGACAAACCUACUUGGAAAACGAUGUAGCGUUCUACCAGCUCAGCUUACUCACUAACGACCUGGCCUUAUCGGAGUGUCUGUACGCGGAGGUGCAGACCGAUUUCAAAGCAGAAUUAUACCCGCCGAAUAAAAUCAGCCGCUCAGAAAUUGCAAGAACUCCAGCAAAAGUUUUCAGCGACUUCUUUGUCCCCAAUGGAUUUGUGGAUGGAGAUUAUGAAGACUCGCCACACAAUGGUAUUGCUGAGAAAGAUUCAGACGUUGAGAGUCGGGCAAACCUUGCAAUAUCCAAAGAGGAUCCUUGUACCUUAAACUUUGAGUGGCUGGAGAACGAGAUCCAUAGCACAUUGACCGAAGCACCUCCCGCCGCGGCCUUCCACGAAGUUCUAGAUCUCCUUCGAAAUGAGGUAGAGGACAAGGCUGCAUUAGGAGUUCCGACUAUGGAGACGCUGCUUCGCAUAGUGAAUGCGAGCGUUUCAGUACUCGAUUUAGACAAGGCGUCCGGUGACUUCAUCGACUUCUUGGACGACAUCAAACAGUUGACUUUUGAAUGUGAGAGUGGCAAGAACACGGACGAAGAAAGACAAUUGAUGGUCUCGACUAUAUUGACACUUACGUUGCGGGCAGGUCUGGGUAUCCGGAAUACCGCUGAGCUGUCUUCGAUCUACGAAACCCUGAUCCAAACCUGGAUAGUGCCGUUGUCACGUCGAAUACCUGGCCGGGUACGAAUUGCGUUGGAGAAGUUAUUGAGAGACAUGGCAGGCAACAUCUGUCUUGCCAGCUAUGCAAUGCAUAUCGGCUUGGGGACGAGAAGCAAAGAUGACGAGGAUCAAACCCAAAGCUUGGAGGCUGGCGCACGGUUUGUGCUCCCCGUUAGGAGGCGAACAUCAGCAACCAGCUUGGGCAAGGGCAAAGAACGCUCAGAUGCAGUGCCUUCACCGCCACCAGCAUCAUCACAGAUGUCCGAGGACGCUGGUUUCAUGCCUUUAUCUGCAUUCGCGGCUCUACCAACACCUGAGCCGACGCCAUCGCUACGGUCUCGAAGCUCUGUAUCCUCUCUCGCAGGUUCGGAAGACCCAGCGAGCCAGCGACUACGGGUGUACGCAAGUUUGACACCCCAGCCAGCUCUGCCCGAAAAGUUGGCAAAUCUUCUUGACCACUGGCAAGUCGGUGGUGAUCCAGCCAAGUACGACUGGGAAGCAGCUCAGCAAGCCACUGUGACGGAAGACGAGAGCGAAUAUGAUUCGCAAGGAAGGCAGCGUCGACGAGCAGAAAAGCGACCUAAGAGGCAAAGAGAGAAUACCGCUGGACCAACAUCCCAACCAACACCAAAACGACUUGGAGGCAGUCAACCUCAGCAAGGCCAGGAUACUCAAGAUAUGCAGGGCAGUAGCCAGCAGACAGAGAGAGUGGUCACCAUGAGCCAGGUCGAGUCUGGGAAGUUCGGUGGUCGUCCUGCUAAGAAUAGGAAAUUGAAGGUCAAAGCUAGACCUGCAGGCUUCAAGUGA